CAGGACCAUUCACAAUGAAACACAUUUGUGCUUGGAAUUAUUUCCUGCCUUCCGUCGCGCUUUGUUUACUGAUGCAUAUCGCAGUGGAAAGUAGGGUGCUACCUUUAGCACAGCCUCACACUGAGAUCUCGACCUGAUCAUUUCGCUUGCCCAACAAACCUUCUGGCCUCGCCACUUUCCCUUACAUCUUCACCCUCGGUGCCAUGCGUUGAUAUCCCAACAACUGUCCAAGACUUUGCAACAGAUGAGGCCGAGUGCAGAAAUUUUCGGGACAGCAUCACAACCAUACAUCACGCGUUAUUACCCACUAAAUUCCGCAGCGGGUUUUAUGGCAGUUCAGAAGAAGUUUUCAAUGGAGGGUGAUAGUACAGCAGUCCAGAACAGCGCGAUAUCGAGGGAGAGUGAUGGAAAAAUACCAUAUCUCUAUGAAUCAUUACCUCUUCCACCAAACUCGAAGUGUAUCCGCGUACUAGAUGUUGAGGCUGCACCAGCAACAGAAGGGGUUUGGCCAAUUAUUGGCAAUCUUCGUAUUGUGGAUCUGGAAGAGCAGACCUCAUUCUCCGCCCUAUCGUACGUGUGGGGAGAAAACCCAAAGUUUCAAACAAUCAGUUGCGGAGCUUCGGUUCUUAACUUAACUGAGAAUGGUCAUACUGCAUUACAACACUUGCGCGGGAAACUCGGGAAGUUUACGAUCUGGAUUGAUGCUAUCUGCAUCAACCAGAAGGAUGAACUUGAGAAAGUACAGCAGAUACCGUUGAUGGGAGACAUCUUCUCUCGCGCCGAAAACGCGUACAUGUGGCUCGGCGAAGGCAGCGAGAAAUCCGAUAGGGCUAUGGACUUUCUAGCUAGGACUGGUUUGUUGGAAUACUUUCCUAUCAAAGCCGCAGCGGAAGGUAGUGCAUCGAAACCGAGAAAGUGGGCCCCCCUCUGGUCUUUAUAUAAUCCUUGCUUCCGAGAUGGUUCUGGAGAGCUUUUGCCAAGUACUAAAUCAGAACCCAAAUUCCUGCUUCGCCGACGUAAGGAAGCACACCGAAAGGUGCGCACCAGUUUUGAAGAUUUAAGAAACCUUUUCGAUCGAGACUGGAUUCGACGCAUAUGGACGUACCAGGAGCUAAUACUGGCCUCCAACCCUAUUAUAGUUUGUGGCCAUCACCACCUCCAGUGGGUUCAGCUAGUUUGCAGCAUCAUAUUUCUGGAACAAUUCGCACCUCUUACAAACUAUGACAAAGAGUUUGAAGAUAUCCUAGAUGUCUGGAAAACACUUGCGUACAGCAAGGCUCGCUUCACUUCCGAGAGCACAAGCUGGAAUACCGGAGACUGGAAGCUUCCUCAAUUGGAAAAUUACAGGUCUUUUGCUCGCUCCAUUGCAUUGAAACACGUCAAUACUCGGAAGCAUUUACGGGAGUUACACGAAAUUGUGUCUCUGUUCUGCGGCCCCUUGGUGCCAGUGUUGCUUUACAAACUCCCCCCCGACUUACGUUUGCCUCCGCAAGCUUCAGUUCCAGAAGAAUUGGUUGAUGUCAUUCUUGACCGAAAGGCUACCAACGACAAAGAUAAGGCAUUCGGCCUUCACAAUGUCUUGCAAUACCGUAUGAAAUGUAUCAUUCCUCGUCCAGAUUACAACCUAUCGACAGGACAAAUCUAUAAGGAUCUAACUGUAUAUCUUAUCAAAGCGACCGGCUUGCUACAUUUACUAGUUCCAGCAGCCAUCAACAGCUACCCUGGCCAACCGUCAUGGGUACCGAAUUGGUCCCUAAGCCAACCCAAAGCAUGGCGAGACUCCCAGCUUGAUUCUCAGUCGCGAAGUGACAGUGUGUGGAGAUGGGAUGCUGAGAAUAGCAACAAACUCAUUGUCCAGGCACGUCAACUCGGCAUUGUGCGCUCUUGCUACAAGUUCCAGAGUACAAAAGAGUUCUAUACUACGAGUGAAAGCACCAUUCACCUCAGAAACGUCGAGGCUCUGGUUGACUUCAUUGGCACAUUCAAUUCGUCACGGUCGGUCCAUACCUUUCUUCAGCAAGCACUCUGGAACACCGGAGAUUUUCGUAUUCAAGGAGAUUGCCUUAGGGAGUGGGCCAGAUUCAUCUAUAAACGGCGCAGACAUACUCCAUCGUACAUCCUUCGUUAUCUCCGAUUCCGCUCGGAACGCUUGAAUCUGCGUAUAUUCCUGCCACGGCGUCCAUCUUGGCCGCCCGCAGUCUUUCCCCUUGUUUUCUUUAGGUGGAAAACAUUCAAUUUUAUACACACUCAUAUCUGGUUGUGUAAUUAUUUAGCUAAAAACAGACUGAGUCUGGUGCGAGUCGAAACAGGGGAGUCGUAUUACUACGUAGGAGUAUGUACCAAUAAUGUCGAGGCCGGCGAUAAACUGUUACACGUUUCUGGGGGCUGCUCUCUGUUUCUGGUCCGCGGAGAUGCUAAUUCGGCGAGGCUGGUUAGCCCAGCGAUCAUUCUAAGCCAGAGAUUUCAAGCGGGUACUAAUAUUUCGAACACUGGUCUUUGGGAUAGGGCGGUUCCUACUCAGUCGUCGCAGCGGGGUUGCGAAACGAUUAUGGAUUUGAUUCCGGAGGAUUACAUACUAAAUUGAGAGCCCAACCGGAGGCUUCGAUCAUGAAUUUCCUCCAAGCUUUGUCUGAACCAUGUCUUGAGUCUAGGUCUGAAUGCAAAACUAAGCAGGGAGUAGGAUUUCUACAAGACUACUUGCAAUUCAAAAUUUCAAAAUUUCAUCGCGAAUUGUCUGCUAUGCAUUGGUAGCUAUUACCCCGGUCUGCAUCUUGCCAGAGUUACUGUUGCAUUAAAUGCGGUUGUAUUGUAAUAUAUUCAGAUAUGGAAGGAAGAGAGGUGUGGUACGGAUGGCCAGAGCUAAAUAUAGGGUGUGUGGUCACGUGAGCCAUACACACAUGACUAGGUA